CCUUUCCCUUGAUUACAAUUUAAUUCAGUUGGCUCACUUUUAGCUCUCUCCCUUACUUACUGGUCAAUUUAAAUAGUAUAUCAACAAUUAAAUUAACAAUUUAAUCUCAGUUGUAAGUUGAUUGUGAUUGUGAUUGUGAUUGACUAAUCCUUUGGAUUAAUUUUGUAUCGAGUUGUUAUUUUAAUUUUUAUUGUCUUGUUGAUAUUUUCAUGUUGAUUGUUGGUUAAUUGUCAUCAGUGAUUUGUGAUUAACUUGCAUCAUGAUGAGCUUUAAAUUGUUAACUUUAAUUGUCACCUUAAUGGGAAUAAUUAGUUUUUCGGAUGCUAUUUUCUUCCCAUCAUUGCAAAAAACUCAACAACUUUGUGUCAACUCGGAUCAACCAAACAUUAAGAGCACUUGUGUCAUUUGUGAUUCUCGUCGUUUCACCGAUACGUCAAGACAAUGCACUGGACAAGACAAGGUUCCUGAUAUAACUACUCAAGAUCAAGCUUUAUGUUUGAUUAGCAGUUGCCUUCAGCAAGUACCCAAACAACAGCGGAAAAUUGUUCUUGGACGGAAAAGACGAUCAACAAUUAACACCAAUGUGACUAAUUAGUUAAUCUGAUUACUGGAUUAAUCAGAGAUCCUCUUCAUUUAUUCAUUCAUCUUCAUUUUCAGAGUUUAUUGAACAACAAUUAACUAAUCUGAUUGUAAUUGUGAAACAAUUAUCCAUCAAUUUAGUGGCAAUUGUAACACAGAACAAAAAAUCAAUCAAAAAUCUAACUGAUUAUCUGUAGUAAUUAAUCAUUGGAAACAAUUUAGAUUUUGUAAUCAACAUUUUUUAUACAAUUUAAAUAACUCAAUUAACGAAUAUUGUAACAAUUAAACUGUUCAAAUUACUAAAUCAUGAACUGAAUUAAAUAAUCUGAUCAAGUGAAAU